AUGUGGAAACCAGUGUUUCAGGAAACCUAAAAACAACUGCGUAUCCUGGCCAGUUCCUGAAAACCCAGCGGCCCCCUGCUACAACAAUAAUCUUCUUUCUUUUGCCAACCCUACAAUCCCUUCGCUUAUAUACCCACACAUCCUUCAUGUUAUUCUCCUCCAGACUCCCAAAACCCACAACUCUCUCUCUCUCUCUCUCUCUCUCUCUCUCUCUCUCUCUCCAGUUUCCAUAUAUCCCUUCUGUGUUGUGCUUUAAUCGGUUUGUACAAAAAUGCGUAUGAGCUGCAAUGGGUGCCGGGUCCUACGCAAGGGAUGCAGCGAAAAUUGCAGUAUCAGGCCUUGUUUGAUGUGGAUCAAGAGCCCCGAGUCCCAAGCCAACGCUACUGUGUUCCUUGCCAAGUUCUACGGCCGCGCUGGCCUAAUGAACCUCAUCAACGCUGGCCCCGAACACCUUCGCCCUGCUAUUUUCAGGUCCUUGCUAUAUGAGGCAUGUGGGAGGAUAGUGAACCCGAUUUAUGGGUCAGUCGGGUUGUUAUGGUCGGGGAGUUGGCAGCUCUGCCAAUCCGCCGUGGAAGCGGUGCUAAAGGGUGCGCCGAUCACGGCUAUCACCUCCGAAGCCGCGGCGAGCGACCAUGGACCACCCCUCAAGGCCUAUGACAUUCGUCAUGUGUCGAAGGACGAGAAUUCGGCCGCGUCCAACGAUCCCCACCGGGUCAAGACGAGGUGCCGUUUCAAGCGCUCCGUGAUCAAGCCGAGGGCGAGCAAGGUUGGGCUUGGUGCCGCUGACGACUCGUGUCUGGACGUGAAGCCCAAAUGGGAUGGUGGAUGUUGUACGCAGGAGUUGAACAGGUCGACCAGCCACGAGUCGUCGCUGAGCCACCAGUCCGAGCUGGCAGCGAACGUGGAGGGCGAGAGCAAAGAAACCGAGAGUAUGAUCUCCGUUGAGACGGCCGAGACUUCGGUGUUAUUCCUUUCGGAGCCGAAGUCCGGCCCGAAGGCUAACGAGCAAGGUCAGGACAGUGAGAUAGGCCUGGAAUUGACCCUUGGAUUCGAGCCAGUGUGGCGUGCCAAUCACGUGGUUCCUGUGAAGAAGAGAAAGGUUGAGGCCUGUGUUGGUGGCUCCAGUACCGGUUUCGGCACAUGUAAGAUGGAGCUGGGGCUUGAUUAUCCGGUUUGAGGGUGAAGCCAAAGCAAACAAACGAGUCAAAAAAUUCCAGUUUUGACGGCUCAGAUCGGCAUUGUCCAUUUCCAUAGAAGAGAUCAUGACCCUUCCUUUCCUUUUAAUUUCUCUCAAAUUAUUGGGGGACUUUCUUUUGACUGUACUCUUUUCUUUUCUUUUCGGCCUGUCCUUUUACCCUAUGCAGUACCGAGGUGUACAAAUGUUGUUGCAAAUAUAGGAGCGGUAAAUGAACAGAGGGAGAAAAAUCCUUUGCUGUU